CUCUGCUGCCCUAUCCGAUUAUAUAUAUUUCCGGCCCAUUGGAAUCUCCGAAAACUGCUGAAGAUUUUCGAAAAAUAUGAUUUCUUUCAGACUUCCUUCUCGCCUGAACCCCAAUCUUCUUCUUCUUCUUCUCUUAACCUGUUUCUAUCCUUUUGCAGAACCGACUAAGAGCAGUAAUAACAAUAAUGGAGAUUGCAAAGCAUGGGUGGUUCAGUCGAUCCCCACAGACAUGCCUCAACUCUCCCUCGUUCCCGGCGUUCUUUCCACCGCUGAUGUCUUCCAAUGGCUGGCUGGAAAUUCGUCGAAAAGCCUCGACGUAAUGGCGCAGUACUGGCAGUUGAUCGCGCAUCCGGAGGAUCCCCGUUCGGGGGACUACAGAUACUCGAAAGCUGACAUGCGAAGAUUCGGCGCGGGAGAAGGAUAUAAGGUUCACAAUGCUCUAGCGAAAGCCAUCGAUCGCAAUAUUAGUGUCCGGUUCUUACAGCACUCGGGAGUGUAUCCCGAUUACACGGACGAGCCAUCCGCGCUCGCAGCGGGGAAAUCGAAUGUAAGAAGCAUCACGUUGCUGCUGAAAGACUGGUGGGGCUCGGGGAUCAUCCACGCCAAGGUUUGGAUAUCCGAUGGCCGAGAUUUGUACAUUGGAUCCGCGAACAAUGACUGGAAAUCCUUAACUCAGGUUAAGGAACUCGGGAUUUACCUCGUUGGAUGUCCUAAGAUCGCGAACGAGGUUGAGAUUUACUACAACAAUUUGUGGACACUCGCACGCCUCAACGCUUCGGCGUAUACUAAAACAGUGCACGACGCGCAAUGGCAGAUCGAUCGUAAGGUCCCCUGUUGGUCGCAUUUUCUUGCACCGAAGAAUCGAUGCAGAUCGCUGUUGUCUAAAUACGUUGAGGUCGAGCGCGUCAAUGGCUAUCCAGCCCUCUCGAGCCCUUCUAAAUUUCAUGUCCGGAUUAAAACUCCAGGAGGAAACAUUUCAACGUCACGAAGCGAUUCAAGCUACCUAUCGUUUGCUCCGCCGGAGCUGCUGUUCGGAAAACAUCAGACGGACGAGCAGGGUUGGGUGGAUACGAUCAAAUCGGUUAGCCACGGCGCGACGGUUAGAAUUAGUACGAUGGACUGGCUCGGGCAAUCGCAGUACAUGUCUGAGACUGUGUACUGGUCGUCGCUGUCUUCGGCCAUAUCCGAGGUUGUCUUCGCCAAGCAAGCCAAGGUGAAGCUGCUCGUCGCGUAUUGGGCACAUUUUAUUACAAACACGGAUGAGUACCUGAAGUCGCUACUCUACACGAACAACCUUUGCUCGUCGUCUAAGUACAACAAUUGUCGCGGAAAUGUGGAGAUCAAGUAUUACCGGGUGCCGGGGUUCAACUCGACGGGACCGGCCGGGGACGGAAAUUCUUAUCCCGGCUACACGAGGGUGAACCACGGGAAAUAUGCGGUGAGCGACGUGAGGGCGCACAUCGGGACGAGCAAUCUCGUGUGGGAUUACUUUUACACGACGAAUGGAGUGAGCUUCGGGACGUCGAAUCCGAGCAUUGUGGCGCAGCUUCGGGCGAUCUUCGAUGCCGAUUGGGAGUCGCCGUAUGCGGUGGCGGUUAGAGCGUUGCAAGGAAGCUUUGGAUUUUGAUUAGGGUCGAUGAAAUUUGGUAAUGUGUGUUUUAGUACAAAUUAACCUCGGUUUGUUAUGUGAAAGACAAUUUUUAUACAGUUUCGUACUUAGUUUCGAACAGAGAAUUCAUAACCAUACUUGUGGUUAUUUCC